ACCUGGAGUAUAUAGAAUUUAAGUCUUCUCUCACAAGUAUAUGGUAGAGCUAAAGAAGAAGAAGACAAGCAAGGGUCAUCUGAAAUUGUAAUUGGCUCACUAAUAAUCGCAGGACAAAGUUGGAAAUAACUACUCAAGCAGAAGACGCUACCAAGAUGUUUGAUAUAAAGGCUUGGGCUGAGUACGUUGUGGAAUGGGCUGCAAAGGACCCAUAUGGCUUCCUUACAACGGUUAUUUUGACCCUUACUCUAUUGUUUCUAGCAAGUGCUAUACUGUCCUGGAAAUUGGCCAAGAUGACUGAAGCCAGGGAAAAGGAACAAAAGAAGAAACAAAAACGUCAAGAAAAUAUUGCAAAAGCUAAACGACCAAAGAAGGAUUGAAGGAAUGAACAGGCUCUAUAACCAGAGAAAAAUCACUUGGAAAAUUAAGCAGCUUUGGAAGGACCCACUGAGGUUUCUUUUCUGAUUUUUAUGACAGUAAUUUGUAGUCAAUGAAGUCUGAGCACAUGGAAGGAUCAUGUUAGUUGUGGCCUCUACUACUGCAACUUUUAGGCUUUGGUGUAGAAGUCUGUUGACAGUUAUUGUAAAUUGGCAUUUAUUCUAUAAAUUCUUUAUAACUGACUUAGUCAUUUGCCAUUUUGCAGCUUAUGUACUGAAACGAAAACAUCCUGUGGAGAGAAAUGACUAUACAUUAUGAAUUCUUUUCAAAUAAUGGCUUAGAAUGGGGCCCUUUCUGGACGAAAGGAGUUAAGAAUGUAAAAAUCAAAACUGUCCUGAGGUGAAAAGUGUGCUUUGGCUUAAAAGGCAUAUAG